CGGGGCUUGGGCAAACGUGGUCCUUUUUUCUACAUGUUAGCUCAGGCGGAAGAGAUCACUCCUGUUUGCAGUGUUUUCCCAGCGGAUACCGAAGACGUAGUCUCAAUUAUUGAUAUUGUACGGGAGGCUGGGGCUACAUUUGCCGUCAAGUCUGGUGGCCAUAGCACCUAUAGCUCUGGUUCUAACGCCGAGAAUGGCAUCAAUAUCAAUCUAAGUCGGCUAAAAGAUAUUAAUAUUUCUGAAGAUCGGAAAUUUGUUACUGUGGGAAGCGGCUGCAGAUUUGGCGAGAUUUAUAGCGAGCUGGAGAAUCUCAAUCUUGGCUGUGUUGGAGGAAGGGUUUCGAGCGUUGGGGUCGGAGGACUUGUUUUGGGAGGUGGUCUCUCUUUCUUUUCUUCCGAAAGAGGCCUUGCGUGCGAUAAUGUCAUAAGCUACGAGCUCGUUCUUGUCAACGGCCAAGUGCUAAAAGUCACUCAUGAAUCAUAUCCUGACUUAUUCUGGGCUAUGAGAGGCGCUGGCUUGUGUUUUGGAAUUGUUACUCGUUUCGAGCUUAAAACUUUCGAAAUGGGAAAGAUUUGGGGAGGUUCCCGAACAUAUGCUCACGAGCAUGAGAUGGCAGUCCUUGACAACUUUAGCAGGUUUGUUCAAAUAGAAGCCGUGGACGAUCCUUUGGCACACUCUUAUAUCGUUGGAAUCGACGCUGCAAAAGACGGUAACUGCGUUUAUAGUGUGACCAUGUCGCACGGAAGCCCCAAAGAACCCCCAGCUUUUGAUGACUUUAAGCAGCUUACGCCCCUUGAUUCCACGACUCAAACUCGUACCUUGAAGAGUCUGUGCGACGAGCUUGAUACUCACAUGGAACCAGGAGUUAGGUACCAUGCUCCCGCACUGACCAUUAAGUAUGAUCGAGGAACAUUGAAGGAAAUCAUUAAUCUCUAUGCCAAAGGAGUAGAACUUUUAAAAGACCAGGAUGAUUUUGCACCAGCAUUCGUAUGCCAGCCCUUACUCCCUAAUAUGCUGCCAAAGGACGACAUCGGCAAUGCAAUGGGGAUUAAGGCCGAGGAUGGGCCAUUGAUUCUAUUCACUCCCGUUUGGAGGUGGACUAACAUUAAGCACGAUGAAUCAAUCUACAAGGCAGUAAAUGUAUUCAUGGAAAAGGCUGAAAAGGCAGCCAGAGCUCGUGGCACAUUCCACAGGUACAGAGUGCUUAACUAUUCGGCCGCCUAUCAAGACAUUUAUGGUGGAUAUGGCGAAGAAAACCGGAAGCGCCUUUUGGAGAUUAGAGCCAAAUAUGACCCGGACGAUAUAAUGUCGAAGCUUCGCCCCGGUAUUAUACAGCUCCUGCCUAAAAGGAGUGAUGAUGUGUAAUAG